AUGUCGUCCGGCGAGCCGAACGCGGCAUGGCACCCGGCCUUUAUGCCACACGCUGUCAGCACACCGACGCCGCCGACAUCCGCUCCAAGUAAACCUGCGGAACUUACAAAAGCAACAAAGCCCCUGGCCCUGUCCCUCGACCGGGAAGCUACGCCCAACGGCCACGAUGACUCGGGCGUCGACGCAUGGUUCCCGGAAUACGAUGCCGGCAGUCCGUGGACCGAGCAGGCACCACCAAACUCGUUGGGUGAAACGUUGGGUGCUGCUCCCGAAGGGGCUCCGGAAGUAUCAUCAGAGCCGUCUGUCGAGGCAGCUCCAGAGACGGCGCCCAAGCCCCGGGAAUCAACACCUGAACCCACAUCCACAGCCACCACAUCUGCUCCGGCCACCGAGUCCAUACCCGAGCCCGCCGCACAUGCAGAACCCGCCGAGACCACGCCCGCUGCGUCGUCCGUCGCAUCGCCCGUCGGCGAGGUCGCCUCCAAACACUUUAGCACGAUAUCCUUCACGCGCACCGUCGCCAACGACGUGAACUGGGAUGCCGAGGAGGACGAGCCGGAGUGGAACCUCUCGCGCACCGAUACAGACCCCUUCCAGCAGUUUAUGCCGCCGUCUACGGAGCGCUCCAACUCCUUCCCAGCUGUGCCUCCCCGGGCCGACGCCGAGCAACCUGCGAAUGGCCAAGACGAGCAGCCGCCGCUGGCCACGACGCAGGCUACGACGCCGGCCAUGGACAUCAUCGAAGAGGUGGACAGCGACGUCAGGACUGGCGAGCAGAAGGGCGAGGAGGCUGCAGCCGAUGCUUUCCCAACUACUGAGGUGGGCGAGGAGCACGUUGAACAGGGCAUUGACGCAUGGGGCUUGGGUUCUGAUGCUGGUGGCGACGCCGAGGACUCGUUCUUUGCUGGGGCCACCGCAGCCGACGACGAGGCGGCAGACGUUGAGACGCCAGCGGGGGAGGUGCCCGAUGCGCGAUUCGAAGAGGGCGUGCCCCUGAUUCCUCACGAGGCGGCGCCCCCAGGAGGUGUCGAACCGGUUGCGGAGCGUGCUGCAGAGCCUAAGCCGCAGACACAAUCACAAGCGCCAGAGGCUGCACCCGAAGCGAAAGAUCUAUUUGGCGAGACCAACGGCGAGGACGAGGAAGACGACUUCUUCAACAACGCCGGUGCCUCGGCUGAGCCCGAGGCCGCGUCCACGACGGCAGCACCACCGCCGGCGCCGCCUGCCGUUGAGCGGAAAUCUACGUUCCAGGUGAUUCAGUCCUUGAAUGUGGGUGCCGGCGAGGAGGAGGAGGACUCCUUCUUUGCGUCUAGGGCCGAAGAUGGCACCAUCCACGAGGAGCCCGAGCCGAUCGAGGACGCGGCCGUGGACAAGACCAACAGUAGUGCGCCCGAUCUGGCCGAUCAGUGGGCGGCCUUGCUCGACGACGAAGACGAGUUGCUGCUCGAAGACUCGGAUCCACCAGAGACGCAAGCGGAGGCGGAGGCGGAGGCGGACGCGCAGCCCAAGGCCCUUGACCCGGCUGCCUUCUUUGGCGACGACGACGAGGGCUUCCUCGAAGACGAUGUGGACGGGCCCGCCAGCGACCCUGCCGUACCACCACAGCAACAGACACAGCAGCAGCCACAGCCGGCCGCUCCAAGCAACCGCUACCUGCCCCAGGCGUCGCCAGCCCAGCCACAGCAGACCCAGCAGGCAGCAAACCCCUAUCUGCCGACGGCCCCAUUCACAGCCGCACAGCCCGUGGUCCCGUCUCCGUACGGCUCCACUGGUGCAGCACCCAGCCAAUUUCCCAGCUACGGCUACGGUGCCUCGCCGCAGCAGGCGUCUCCUGCGCAGGACGCACCCCGACCGACCCUCCACAAGGCACAGAGCUUUGCCGACAAGUCCAAGGGCGGCUACAGCUCGCCAUAUGAUCUGCCCAUGGACAUUGUGAAGCAGCCCAGGAAGCGCCAGAGCAUGCAGCAGCUGCAGCAGCAGGCCCCGGCCGCGACGUCCGCACCGCCGCAGGGUCCGCCGCAGGGUCCGCCGCCGAGAAGCUCGAGCAUGCAGGUCUACUCGCCCAACAAGGACUCGUUUUCUGCCGUGCCGCCGCCGCCGCCUGCUGUCAGCAACCGUUCCAUGGCUCCGCCUGCGGUCCCCGCCGCUGCUGCCUCUGCGGCCGCGUCUGCAGCCAACCCAGCGGCGCUGAAAACACCACCCGUGCGCAGCGACAGCUUCUUCGAAGACCUGCCCAUGCUGCCCAAAGUGCGCCCGGCGUCUCGCCACAGCCAGCAUUCUCCUACACAGUCCACUCCCUACGGCGUCCCGCCACAGACUCCCCUCACGCCCUCUUAUCCACCGCAGGGCCAGAGCCAAGCACCUCCGCCUCCACCGCCUCCUCCACCUUCUCAGGCCACCCCCUACACUCCGGCACCCCAACAGCCGCAGACGCCGUCUGUCCCGCCGCCGAGUGCACAUUAUGCGCCGCCUGCUGGUACCUCAACGCCUGCUGCGGCUCCUCCUCCGCCACAGCAGCCGGCACAGACCCCCAGCACAGCCAUGGGCGGCCUCGUGGCCCCUCCUCGCUCCAACCCCUACGCCACCUUGCAAAACGGCCCACCAGCCGCCACUCCUCCGGCUGCUGGCUCGUCGCGCUACUCACCCUCCCCGAACCAGCUCACCACGCCCGGCACCACCGGUGUUCCCAGCCGCUACUCGCCCGCACCGCCUGCUCGUGUACCGUCGGCGGGCUAUGCGCCUGCGCCGACACCGCCCAUUCUGGCCCACCAGCCGCGCACAUCGAGUCCCCUGGCCCACUUUGAAAUGUCCUACGAGAAGCCACGAGCAUCGUCCAUUGGUAACCAAGUAACGCAUGCCGAGGGACAGCAGCAGCUGCUGCAUGCUGAGCGCCGCAGCAGCUCCUCUGUGUUUGAAUCGCGCCUGAACCGCGUGCCGUCGCUCCCACCCACCCGCGAGGAAGACGAGGAGCCGUCGGCGUCGGCGUCUGCACCCGCACCGCCGCCCCAACAGCGUCCCACGUCGUCGGGCAACGGCGGCGCACAUGCCUACCCCUCGGCACCGGGGUCGCAGUCCAGCCAGACAAACCAGUACUCGCCCUUGAAGCCGCGCCAGACACCGCCUCCGCAGCAGCUGCAGUCGCAGUCGCAGUCGCAGUCGCAGACCAACGUCUCCUACAGCCAGGCCACGCUGUCCCCGCCCAAGCGGAUUCUCAACUACGCGCCGCAGACCGAUGGCCAGCACUCGCCUCCGCGUCGCUCACAGACCCAGUCGCCCGGGGCCCUGUACGGUGGCAGCCGCCCUGCCACGCGAACCGUCGAUCCCAUCCCGCGCCCCUCGUCUGUUCAUGAAGCGAUCCCCGCGCCCGCGCGUCCACGGGCCGCGUCGCAGAACCUCAACCUUGUCCCCCCCACCGACGGAUCCGAGACCGACCCGCUCCAGCGCUGGAAGGGGGUGCCCGUCUUUGCGUGGGGCGUCGGCGGCACUUUUGUCUCCUCCUUCCCGCAGGACGUGCCGCGCUACGGCAUGAACCAGGCCCUGCCCAUGAUCCACCGCGCGCCCGGCGAGGUCAUUGUCAAGAACAUCAAGGAGAUCCUACCCCUCGACGAGCGCCUGGCCAAGUUCCCCGGCCCUCUCAAGGGCAAGGCCAAGAAGAAGGAGGUGCUCGCCUGGUUGACCGCCGGCAUCGAGGCCCUCGAGCGGUCGCUGUCCGCCCACAACAACGCCUUCUCCCUCCACGUGUCGCAUGACGACAAGCGCCUGGACGAGCGUGUUCUGCUCUGGAAGAUGCUGCACCUCUUCAUUGAGCACGACGGCGUGCUAGAGGGCAACCCGGCCGUCGAGAAGGCGGUGCGUGAUGUCCUGUCGCCACAUGCAGCGGACGCGGCCGCCAAUCCGUCUACCUCUGCAUCCCUGGCCAGUCCCGGCGUCGGCUACUCCGGCUACCAGGGCACCGCCGGCGCUCAACAAGCACAGGCCGAUGCCGUCGACUCGGCCGUGGUUGAGCAGAUCCGCAAGAACCUGCUUUUGGGCGAGAAGGAAAAGGCCGUCUGGGACGCUGUGGACAAGCGACUCUGGGGCCACGCGUUCCUCAUCGCCGGUGCGGCGUCGCGCGAGCUGUUCAAGAAGGUGGCCCAGGAGUUUGUGCGCAAGGAGGUCAACACCCCGGGCCUCCACAACGAGUCCCUGGCGGCGCUCUACGAGGUCCUGUCGGGCAACCACGAGGAGUGCGUCGACGAGCUGGUGCCCGUCCACGCACGCGCCGGCCUGCACCUCAUGGCGACGACGGCGCAAGUGGCCGCGUCGCCGUCCAAGGACGACGAGCUGGCCGGCCUCGACAAGUGGCGCGAGACGCUGGGCCUGGUGCUCAGCAACCGCAGCGUCGACGACGUCCAGGCCAUCAACGCCCUGGGGAACCUCCUGUCUGGGUAUGGCCGGGCCGAGGCGGCGCAUGUCUGCUACCUGUUCUCGCGCAACGCCACCGUCUUUGGCGGCCUCGACGACCCGGCUGCCAACGUCGUGCUCUUCGGCGCCGACCACAAGCGCCAGGCUGACGCCUUUGCCAAGGAGACCGACGCCGUGCUCCUCAGCGAAGUGUACGAGUACGGCCUGUCGCUGACGGGCGCCUCCAGCCUCGGCGCGUCGAGCAGCCCCCACCUGGCCGCGUACAAGCUGCAGCACGCCAUGGUCCUGGCCGAGUACGGCCUGCGCGACAACGCCCUGCAGUACUGCGAGUCCAUUGCCGGCGCCAUGGGCGCCCAGACGCGCCGCUCGCCCUACUACCACCCGCUGCUCGAGACCGCCGUCGAGGACCUCACGAAGCGCCUGAAGCAGGCGCCCAAGGAGGAGUCCAACUCGUGGAUUCCCAAGCCCAGCAUGAACAAGGUCUCCGACAGCGUCUGGAACCGCUUCAACAAGUUUGUCGCGGGCGACGACAACGAAGGCGCGGGCGCCGGUCCCGACGGCGAGGCUGGCGCGGAGAGCGGGCCCUUUUCACGCAUUGCCGGCGGCACGCCCACCAUCAGCCGUCCUCCCUCGGCCGGCGGCGGCAUGGGUGGUGCUACGGGGAUGGAGAUGUUUGGCGGCCAGAACAACAGCAGCCUGCAGGGCCCCAGCUAUGGUGUCCUCAAUGGCGCCGCCAACGGCAUGCCUACAGCAGCGCCGCCCCCCUCGACCUUGCCGCCGACACGCGCUGCGUCUCGCUAUGCACCAGGCGGUGCUUCUGCUACUGCCGCUGCCAGCCAGCAGCAGCAGCAGCAGCAGCCCGCCCAGACAGUCCCCAUCGCGGCUCUCGCCUCGCCGCCCGCCAUUCACAGCCCCUACGAGCCACAGGGCGGCUACACGCCACUGGGUGUGUCGCCUAGUGCUGUGAUUGCGCCUGCUUCGGCUGCGCCGUCUCUCAACCCCUACGAGCCGGCCACGACGUCGUCGUCUGUCUACGCGGCCCCGUCGUCUCGUCGCGUGUCGUCUGAGCAGUCUGUGUCGGGCGACGCUCCGUCCGCUGCGCCACUGGCACCACCACAAAUGCCGACCCUGGCGCGAAAGGCCUCGGAGAUGUCGCUGGGCAGCUACAGCCGCCCUGGCCUCUCGCGGAAGUCGUCGUACGCUCCUCUGACCAAUGCCGAGCCCACACCGCCGACAUUGCCGACCGAAUCCUCGUCGUACAGCGCGUAUGCGCCUCCGAGUGAACCGGCCGCCAAUGGCUCUGCCUCUGCGUCACCGUAUGCCCCGGCAGCGUCGCCGUACACGCCUGCGGCCGCCACCGAGCCGGCGACGGCUGACGAGACGACGGCGCCCAAGGAGGAAGAGCCGGCCGCCGACGAGGCUGUUCCCUCCUAUGGCUACCAGGCGCCGUCGUACGGCUACGAGCCUCCGUCGAUGUCGUCGUUUGAGCCCGUCUCCGACGAGCCUGCUGCCGCCACGACCGGCGCGUCGGCCGAGGAUGGCGCGAGCGAGCACCUCAAUGGGAGCACCAACGGCUACGAGCCCCCGUCGUUCCAGGCCUACGGCUACGAGCCACCAUCGUACGAACCUGUCGAUGCGGAGGGCGGCGCUGAAGGUGGAGACGACGAGGCGUCUGCGCCGAAGCCAAAGCCCAAGAGCUUCAUGGACGACGAGUUCGGCGACGACAUCUCCGCUGCCCCGGCGCCCAAGCCGACGGCGGCGGGGAAAUCGCGUGAGGAGAAGGACCGGGAGAAUGCCGAGAUGUUCCGCAAGAUUGCGGAAGAGGAGGCCAAACGUGCGGCGGCUGAAAAGGAGGCCAAGGCCAAGAAGGGCUGGGGCCUGACGUCGUGGUGGGGCAAGAAGGACGCCGGCGGUCCUGCGGGCGAUUCUGGCAGCGGCGGCAGCAGUGGUGGCAGCGGCGAGCCCCCCAAAGCCGUGCGCGCCAACCUGGGCGAGAAGAGCUCGUUCUAUUUUGAUCCGGAGCUGAAGCGCUGGGUCAACAAGAACGCCAGCCCCGAAGACCAGGCGGCCAAGGCGACGCCGCCGCCGCCGCCGCCGCGGUCCAACCCGCACUCGGCGGCGUCGACCCCGGCGCCGCCGUCGUCCGGUAUCGGCUUGGCGCCACCGCCGCCGCUGCCGACGUCGGUGCCGCCCCCAUCGGGCAGCGCACCCCCCGUGAUGCCCCCCGCCAUGGCGCGCACGUCGUCGACCGCCAGCGCGGCCAGCGGCCCGCCCAGCCGCCCGGCCACGAGCAUGAGCGACGCCAAUAGCAUUGACGACCUGCUGGGGGCGGCGCCGGGUCCGCGCAAGGCGGGCGCCAAGAAGGGCCGCAAGAGUGGGCGGUACGUGGAUGUGAUGGCCAAGUAG